UGUUUCUAAUCUUCUCAAUCCAUCAUCCCUUCGUUUUUUUUGCAACAUCAAACACAGCAACAAGAGCAAACUAUCCAACUAGCUCAAAAAAUGGCAGGGAGAGUCCACACUCUAACUCUACAAACCAGCUUAUGGAGUCUCUCUCCUCUUUCUUCCAUUAAUCCUAAUCUUAAUUUCCUAAAAAAGUCUGUUAUUUUUCGUCCAAACCCAGUUUCAUCAAAAUUUUCCAUGUUGUGCACCUGUUCCAAUUCUUCCUCCAAUUCUCAUAAUGAAACUUUUGUCCUCACUACCCCGCUUUAUUACGUCAAUGCCCCUCCUCAUAUGGGUAGUGCCUAUACCACCAUUGCAGCCGACGCCAUUGCUCGAUUUCAGAGGUUAAUGGAAAAGAAAGUCAUAUUUGUUACUGGCACGGAUGAGCAUGGAGAGAAAAUUGCUACAGCAGCAGCUGCAGCUGGUUCCAGUCCCACUGACCACUGCGAUACCAUCUCUCAAGCAUAUAGAACGCUAUGGAAAGAGCUUGAUAUUGCUCAUGACAAGUUCAUUCGUACAACCAACCCCAAGCAUGAAGCAGUUGUUAAUGAGUUCUACUCCAGAGUUCUCGCUAAUGGCGACAUUUACCGGGCUGAUUAUGAGGGCCUUUAUUGUGUCAAUUGCGAAGAGUAUAAGGACAAAAAUGAACUGAAUGAGGAUGAUUGUUGUCCUAUUCAUCUUAAGCCGUGUAUAGCAAGGAAGGAAGAUAAUUAUUUCUUUGCUUUGUCAAAAUACCAAAAAAAGUUGGAAGAUCUCUUGGAGCAGAAUCCUGACUUUGUCCAGCCUUCUUCUCGUCUGAAUGAGGUCCAAGGUUGGGUAAAGACUGGGCUGAAAGAUUUUUCAAUUUCCCGAGCAGCUGUCGACUGGGGUAUCCGUGUUCCUGGUGACCAUAAACAAACAAUAUAUGUUUGGUUUGAUGCAUUACUUGGUUACAUAUCAGCAUUAUUGGAGAGUGAGGAGCAGCCUAGUUUACAAGAUACAGUUGCUUCUGGCUGGCCUGCUUCACUUCACUUGAUUGGCAAGGAUAUCUUACGAUUCCAUGCAGUGUAUUGGCCAGCUAUGCUGAUGUCAGCUGAAUUAAGCCUUCCAAAAAAGGUUUUCGGCCAUGGUUUCUUGACAAAGGAUGGCAUGAAGAUGGGGAAGUCUAUAGGCAACACUAUUGAGCCAAAUGAGUUAGUCCAGAGGUUUGGGGCUGAUGCAGUUCGGUAUUUCUUUCUUAGGGAAGUUGAGUUUGGAAGUGAUGGGGAUUACUCAGAGGAUCGUUUCAUCAACAUUGUUAAUGCACAUCUUGCCAACACAAUUGGGAACCUUCUCAACCGCACACUUGGGCUUCUCAAAAAGAACUGCCAGUCAACUUUGCCUGUCGAUUCUGCCAUUGCUGGUGAAGGGAACACAUUCAAGAUUAAUGUAGAGAAUUUGGUUGAGAAAGCCAGUACCCAUUAUCAGAAUCUUUCAUUGUCAUCUGCUUGUGAGGCUGUUCUGGAAAUCGGAAAUGCUGGAAAUGUUUAUAUGGACGAGCGUGCGCCGUGGUCUCUUUUUAAGCAAGGGGGCACUGCUGCAGAAGCUGCUGCUAAGGAUCUUGUAAUCAUAUUGGAAGCUAUGCGCAUUAUUGCCAUUGCAUUAUUGCCGGCUGCUCCAAGCUUAUGUUGGAGAAUAUACUCUCAGCUUGGCUACUCAGAAGAUGAAUACAAUGCUCUGACUUGGCAUGAAACAAAGUGGGGCGGUCUCAAGGCAGGGCGGGUCAUGGCUGAAGCAAAACCAGUCUUUGCUAGGAUUGAGCUCGUAACUGACGUGGAUGAUGUUGGAGUUCAACCAGUUAAGAAGACUUCAAAAAACAAAGCAAAGAAGGCUGCUAAGGCUCAAAGUGCUUAGAUGCCUGGUCUUCUAGUUGCGACUUCUAUAUUGUUUCAACUUUUAUAUUUUUUCAACUUCUAUAUAUCUGACAAGCUCAAAUUUUGGUCCUAUUUGUAUAUCUUUUUUUGUUCUUUGGGGCUUGAAGCCAAUUUAGGAGAAUGCUAUGUUUUGUGCAAAGGUGGAUAUAUACAGUUCUUUCCAGUAACUAAUACAUGUUUCUAAUAUCUUGUUGUA